AUGGCCCCAGUCAGCGUGCAACUCCUGGCGUCGGUAGGCGCUGUUGUUCUUGCAUCGACGCUCUUUCAGAAACUGGUGAAGAAGACCGACAGACGGCUGCCGGGUCCACCUACCAUUCCAUUGCUCGGGAAUGCGCUGAACUUCCCAAGAUCGAAGCCAUGGAUCCAGUUCUUGGAGUGGAGCAGGGAGUAUAAGUCGGACGCCAUCCAGCUUGAAGUUCUCGGCAACAGAAUCAUCAUCCUUAACACCAUCGAGGCGACGCAGGAGCUGUUCGUGAAGCGUGGCCUUAACUAUUCCUCCAGACCUCAUAUCCCUAUUCUUGACAUCGUUGGACGCUCGAUCGACUGGCUUUUCCUCAACUACACUGCCGACCGUGUGUGGAGAGACCACCGUAAGGUCUACCAUCGUGAAUUCGACACACAGACGGUCCUUCACCGCCCGUACGAGACGUCCGCGACGAAAGUACUCCUAAAGAAGCUGUACAGUAACCCGAAUGACUUUGUCGACCAUUUGCGAGCUACGACAGGAGAAGCCAUUCUUGGAACAACCUACGGUAUCUCGGUCCAGCCCAAGGACGACCCACUCCUCGCCAUCGUAAACAAGUUCGUUGCUUCUUUGGAUAACGCAAUGGGAGCUAAUGCCAUCGUCAACGUCUUCCCCGCCCUCCGCCACCUUCCAAGAUGGGUACCGGGUCUUCAAUUCUACCCUAUUGCCGAUGAGCUGAGGAAGAGCUCGAUCGACAUGCCGGAGAUUCCUCUUGGACACGUACGCCAGCUCAUGAAAGAAGGAACUGCCCCUCCGUCCGUCGCCCUACGCGCUCUUGAAGCCCUCGAGGAGACGAAGGACAGCCCAGACUACCCCCAUGACAUGAGAGUCCUCCAGAACGUGCUAGCGGGAAUCUACGCCGCUGGCGCUGAUACCACUCUGACCGCCAUGCGUUGGUUCUUCUUCACGAUGAUCAAGUUCCCGCACGUCCAAGCUAAAGCACGCGCCCACAUCGACCACCAAACCGAGGGCAAACGUCUACCAGAUUUCGGCUCCGACUUCGGCUCUCUACCGUACAUCGAGGCCGUGCUCAACGAAGUGCUCCGGUUCUUCCCUGUGCUGCCCAUUGGCAUGCCGCACUGCGUCGUCGAGGACGAUGUCUAUAACGACUGCCUCAUCAAGAAGGACACGAUCGUGUUCGGAAACUCGUGGGCGAUCAUGCGCGAUGAGAAGAUCUACGGACCGGAUACGCAUGUGUUCAAGCCUGAGCGGUUCUUGAACGAAGAUGGCAGCAGGAACAUGGCCAUUCCGGACCCGGAUCAGGCGUUUGGCUAUGGGAGGCGCGUCUGUGCUGGCAAGAACGUCGCCCGAGAAUUCCUGUGGCUCAUGAUGGCAUCUAUCUUGUCAUCGUUCGAGAUUUCUCAGGGCGUUGGCGAGAAUGGCAAGCUCGUCGAGCCGGAUGCUGACCAUCAUAGUAGCGGUCUCGUAUGCCACCCGCUAGCAUUCCCCGCGAAGAUCGUCAUCCGGUCUGAGCACGCAAAAGAGCUUCUUUUCAACACUGAUUAG